UAUAAACUAAAACCUCCGACGCCAUUUUCGUUGUGCCCAAAGCGAUAGAGACGACUACGACGACGACCUAACCCCCGCCGCCGUUGAAGGAAGAGCGAUCGGCUAUGGAGGGGAACGGAAGCGUGAGCGGCGGCGGCGGAGGAGGAGGAGGGAUGGAUUUUCAAUUGGCGGAGGAGAUAAUGGCGGUGAUUCCGAGCGACCCGUACGAGCAGCUGGAUCUGGCGCGGAAGAUAACGUCGAUGGCGAUAGCGGCGAGGGUUUCGAAUCUGGAGGCGGAGGUGGGGCGGCUGAGGCAGAAGCUGAGUGAGAAAGAUAGGGUUAUAUUUGAGCUCGAGGAAGCUGCGUCGCGCCUCCAGCGUGUUAAUCAUGAUGUGGAUUCGCGGUUGAGGAUUGCCCUAGAGGACAAUGUGAGGUUUGCCAAAGAACGAGAUUCAGUGGCAAUGACUGCUAAGAAGCUCAGCCGUGACUUAGCAAAGUUGGAGACAUUUAAGAGGCAACUGAUGCAAUCUCUAAAUGAUGAUAAUUCAUCUCCAGCCAGGACUGUGGAUAUUGGCACCUGUGAUCAAGCAGUUCCAAGGGCAUAUCCAGAUAAGGAUGAAGAGACAAAUGGCUACUCAGCACAAUAUUCAUCAACCGGUUCUACUGAUAAAGGGAACACAACUGAUGAAGCCUUGAGAAAUGCUGGGCAGAAGUUUUCAUUGACUCCCUAUAUCACACCUCGACUUACUCCAACUGCAACUCCAAAAGUCUUCUCGACAACUGGGUCACCUAGAGCAUAUUCUACCAUCGCAUCUCCACAGCAGACUUCUGGUGCCACAUCUCCUACAAAAUCUUAUGAUGGACGGAAUUCAGUGUCUUCUUGGUACCCAUCAAGCCAGCAGUCAUCAGCAGCAAACUCUCCACCUCGUGGGCGCCCAUUAUCAGGGCGUACUCCUCGAAUUGAUGGAAAGGAGUUCUUUCGUCAGGCCAGGAGCCGCCUAUCAUAUGAGCAGUUCAGUGCAUUUCUGGCUAACAUCAAGGAGCUAAAUGCUCAAAAGCAAACCCGGGAGGAAACUCUAAGGAAAGCAGAGGAGAUCUUUGGGACAGAUAACAAAGAUCUGUAUUUAUCAUUUCAAGGAUUGCUAAGCCGCAACGUACAUUAGCGUCCACCGCUGCUUGUAACCUUUAUAAUAAUUAGUUCUGCAGUCUGGCACCUCGCCUUGCAGGCUGUUGAUAGAGCUUAUUCUCAGCUGCUAUGAAUGGUAGGGCCGUGGCUCAUUCUGUCAUAUCAUUUGCCGAAUUGUUUCAACAUUAACAAAUCUGUUGACAUGUAUUCUAUAUUCAGACAUUUGUUGCAAUGUAAUACACAUUGAAUUGAGUUUCAGCAAACUAGAGUAGGGUUUUGCAGGCUUCAGUUUUUCUUAUAAUGCAGGUGUGCUGUGUAAAUAGUUGCUUUGCUUUGUCGGAUUACCAGCUCUGUUGU